AUGGUUGGGGCUGCCAAGGCAAGCUCUUCUCAUCCGGUCACCUGCGAGGCAUCGACGCUUUUGCGGAACGCGCAGCUAACAGACCUCAACGGAAGGAAAAAGACACUUGCCCACCUCGACUGCGCCACUCGUGUCAUUUUCACUGGCGCCCUGCGGCUGUUUCUGGCGGUGAUGCCCGGAGCAAAAAAGGGGGCGAGAUGGUUGGGGCGUGACGAUUAUCAAACCAGCAGUCGAGGACGCCAGCGGGGAAGGAAGACGAAGAAAAAUGUAUUCAUUCACUUGUUGGUAUUGUUGUUUUAUUGUUUGUCCCUCCUGAAGGGUUUCUGUGAACGCUGGGGUGUCACGCGGUGCUUGUGGGAAAUAUGGAGGGGAGAGACUGAGCCACAGCAACGCAUGGGCCGUCGCGUUGGCGUUAAGCCAACUGAGUGA